AUGGCGCUGUGUGAGAGUUUCAUGCAGCGUCGGUGCUUGAUGCUUUGCACAGGGGCUGCUGAAACGUCGAGAGAGAGCAUGGAGACCUUCUCCAGGAAGGUGGUUCAGGAGGCGGCUACCGGCAGAGAUGGGCACGGUGGGAUGGACACGGCCUCCUUCGCAAAGUGCCACCACAUCGGGUUCAUUGAUCUACCAAAGCUGGGACGGCUCACUGCCAUUGAGGUGGGGGACAUGGCCAACUGGGCUCACCAGGUUCUUUCACAGAACCCUGAGCACAGUGUGAUCUUCAUGGUGGCGCCGAUUCUGGCCGGAGAAGGCGUGCUGCAUGGCCUCAGGGGCGAGCAACGGAGGGUGGAGGACAAGUUUCUCAGCUGCGGCAUGGAAUUAAAGUCGGUCCAGAUUGGGUUCGAGACCACAAAGCUGCACGGGAACAGGACGUUUCCUCGUACGCUUCCGGCUUGGCUGGUAAUGCUGGAUCACACAUUGGGUGCUCGGAUGGGCACGCUGUUCAAAGUUCCACGCAAUGCUGAGCGCGACGCAUCCGAUGCGAACGUGUUUGCAAAGUGUGAUUUGUGGAACAGCCUGAUGACUGCCAACACGGACAAAGAGGAGACAGCACAAUGGGCGUCGGGCCUGCCUACCAUCAAGUCAAUAUUGGCGGGCUGUUUGGGGAAGGUCACUUCUCUGCGUGGCCAAGCCUGCGUCAUCCAUCACAAGACCAUGUACGAUGGCAACCUUGAGCGCGUUGUCUGUGAGAUGAUGAGCGAAAAUCAAGAGACGUUCUUUGCCUGCCGGUCCGAAACCAGCAUCCCUGCGGUGUUCAAGUUUUCCAGAACAGUGGUCAAAGACAAGCUGGUCCAAGACUGGAAAUUCAGCCGGGGUAUCAUGAGCACGGUCCGCCCCAAGUACGUGGAAGAUCCAGACCCGGCAUCCCUGGACGCUGGCCCACGGGCCCCUCCAAUGAAAAUGUGCAUCUUCGAUGCAAAAUCGGGCCAGCUCACGUUGCCACGUGAUGUUCGCGAAAAAUGGUUGGGAGACCCCAUGCGGAACCCGGAUUGGCGAGUCCGGCUUCAGAAUUUCGAUGCCGUGUUCAACCCAGCCCAGCCUUCUGUGACGCCAGCAGCGGAGGGUGUCAACCUGGCUCAGGAGGUCAAGAAGGAAGAUCCGCAGCCUGCCGCAGCUUCGGGUCAGGACUCCGGCAUGCAGACCAUGAGUCAGGAGAAGUUCAAAGAAAAAUUCCCGACCACCCAGGCAUCCGUGACACUGCCAGUUGGCAGUGUCACAGCACACCUUGUGGAUGGCAAGGUGUACAUUGUAUCCACCACAAAGAUCUUCAUCGAAGGUGUGUCAGGUGCCAACCCAAAGGCACUUUUCCUUUAUGCGGGAGGGUCGUGGAUCUCCGAUUCUGCCAAGGUGCCCCAGUUAAAUACAGACAGUGUUUGA